AUAUUUUCCAAAUAAUACAUAUUUACUAGAAGAUUCUGGAUUUCUACUUAAAUCUUGGUUAAUUACACCUUUUAAAGAUAAUUUACGAAGAAGUGAUUUAGAAAAAAUUUUUAAUAAAAUACAUUCUUCAAUGCGUGUUGUUGUUGAAAGAGCUUUUGAAUAUUUGGAUUUUUGGGAACUUAAUAAUGAUGAAGUAGAUGAAUAUGAUAUUAAUGAUGAUUUUGAAUAUUCUGAAAUAGAAAAUGAAGGAAAUUCUAGAAGAUUAGAAUUAGUACAAGAUUUAUUUACAGAUUAUUGA